ACCCUCCGACUCAAGCUUAGGGACGUGCUCCGUCCCGUUCUCGUACAUCCUCCCAUGUGUACAGCCACACCUUGUGAAACGCGUCAAACGAACAUGCAGGGUGCGUCAAGCCGCAGCCUCGAAACGUGGACUGUCGAUGGUCUGGAUAGUUGCUGAUUUGCAUGUUCGGUAUGGGCGCCCCUCGUCACCAGGCCUGUCUGCCGUAGCAGAGCUGGCCGCGACGACAUCCCCGCAAUCGAUAACUGGGUCAUUUAAGCGCGUCCGUCGACUCUAUGUUAAGUGCGGGCACCACUUCGAGGGGGAGGAGGGCCGAUGGGAACUGGACGACCACCCGAGUCGAAUUUGGUGCAUUUCGUUGGACCACCUACUGUCCAUGGCCAAGCUUGCCAAGGGGUGGGGAAAGAGGCGGCAGCCGUUCAAUACACGCUUGCACUCUGGCUCACGCGGAGCAGGCACCCGCUGGCACCUGGGCAGGCCCGCCAUCAUGAACACUUGGCACGUCCGCCAGACUCGAUGCAUACCCACAGGUCCGUGUACCUGUCCCGAGAGCACGAGUCGCAAUGUAAUGACCACAGUUUCGCUCCGCUGGUGGCCACCCCCUCUUCUCCCCGCUGACUCCCAUCUUGCAAAGCACAGUGAAAGUGCUUUUGAGAAUGAACUACAGGCACAACAAUCCAACGGCCAUUCUGGCACUGAAGCGUAAUAGAGCCCAAUAGUGGCUGCGGAUUGGUCUUGGGCGGCGGGAGGAACGCCAGCGAUCGCUGAACAACCGGCAUCACUGGGCAGCUUACAGCGCAUUCUUCGCUGGUACCUGCUCUCUCCCACCCACCACCAAACCCCCUCAGAACUCGACCACAGCGGGCGAGGUUAAGGCGCUGGGGGCCCGAGCUCUCCAACACUGGAUGGCGUGGCGGUGACACCAUUGGCUGUCGGCAGCCAAGCUGCAAUCGAUUGUCGUAUUGGAGUCGCUAAGGUCGUGAUGGUUUCUCCGCU